AUGGAAUCCGAGCGGCAUCCGUCGUCAUCAUCAUCAUCAUCAUCAGCAUCAUUUUUUUCGCAUCAGCAUGACUUUUCAAGUCUGGUCUCGUGGCCACAUCAUUGGCAGCCGGAAUCGUUUGAAAUAACAACGAAUAGUAGUUCUACUGCUUCCUCAGACAUGACGCAGGUUGUGCCUGAACACGUGGUUUGUGCUAAACUCGGUGGUGGGAAUAAUAGUUCUCGAAAAGAUAAUAGUAGUUUACUAAAAAAUCGACCACAACGUUCGAAUUCAGCAACAUUAAGUACUAUAUCCGUUACAUGUGAUACAGAUUCAUCUUCAAGAUUACGUAAUCCUCAUCCUCAACAAUCUCCACCAAAUAAUUUAUCUACUAUGCUUAAUACAACGAAUAAUAAAGCUGCAUCACAUUCAACAUCAGCUUUAACGAAUGUCUCAAUUAAUUCUUCAAGUACAUUUAUAAAUCAUCCACAAUAUAAAACAUCUAUGUCAACAUCAUCUGAAAUGAAUAUUGCACAUGAAAAAUCAAAUAUAGUUUCAUCCGCAUCAACAAUGUCAAUACCAAAUAAACAUUCGAUUAAAACAACAACAACUGGUGCUAUUGGAGGAACAUUAGCAUCAACAAGAAAUCUAUCUAUAAAACAUAAAUCAACUUCAUUUGAUGAUCAUCGAUCAACACGUGGGAUCGGAAAAAGUGUUCUCGAACAUCUUGUCUUUGUUUUUCCGGAAAAUGUUCGUCGAAUACUAGCAGGACCAAAAAAUCUAACUGUGCGUACCGACGAAGGCCGCCAACCUGUUGAACCUAUUGAUUUAGGCGAGCCACCAUCUAUCGACGAGCUUAAAAGUUGGUCUGAAUCAUUUGACAAAUUAAUGAUGAGUGCUGCUGGCCGUCAUUAUUUUCGAGAGUUUUUACGAUCAGAAUACAGUGAAGAAAACUUUUUAUUUUGGAUGUCCUGUGAAUCAUUAAAAAAUGAACAAAAUCCGGAUAUUAUAGAAGAAAAAGCACGAUUAAUAUAUGAAGAUUAUAUAUCUAUUCUAUCUCCUAAAGAGGUAAGUUUAGAUAGUCGUGUGCGCGAAGUAAUUAAUAAAAAUAUGGUCGAACCAUCUCCACAUACAUUCGAUGAAGCCCAAUUACAGAUUUAUACACUAAUGCAUCGAGAUUCUUAUCCACGUUUUAUUAAUUCACAAAUGUACCGGCGAUUAAUACGUAGUGAAGACAUUAAAACUUAA